UCUCUCUCUCUCUCUCCACACGCACACACAUCUAUUUAUAUAUGUAUCAUACUCAAAACGGAAGCUAGAAGAUAAUUGGAAUUUAAGGCAGAUAUUAGCUAGGGAGGUUGAGGUUGUGGGAGAAGAAAUUGAUGGCGAUUGGAAGGAGAGCUAGAAGCCUGAUGGGGCCUAUCUUAACAGCCAACUUCGUUGGAUAUCUAAUCUUACUUGGACUCGCCGGAUGGUCUCUCGACAAAUUCAUCGACGGUGAACAGAAUCACCCUCAUUUAGGGGGGAAUCAGUCGACUAGUUUUAUGCUGGUGUUUGCGUCGCUUGCUGGGGCUAUUGGUGUUUGUUCGGUGGUGGCUGGGUGGGUGCACCGCCGCGCCUGGCGGAGCGAUAGCUUGGCCGCCGCAGCUUCUUCGGCAAUCGCCGGCUGGGCCCUAACAGCCCUUGCUUUUGGGCUUGUAUGCAAGGAGAUCAUAAUGGGGGGGCACAGAGGAAAAAGAUUGGUAAUUAGCAAUGACACAUUGCUCUUCCUUUCUCUGUUGUGUCUAUGCAUUCAAGCAAUAGCAAUGAAAAAUUACCUGGAUUGCAGCAAACACUGGAAGCAUUCAUCGCAAUAUCAACCUUGAGCCAGCUGCUGUAUUUGUUGCUCUUGCACACCGGCAUGUUCGACAGCCGGUUUGGACCGUUGUAUUGAAGCUAUGGCGGCGCUGCUAUGACAAACAGGAGCAAGAUUGGUAAUUAGCAACUUUGCAGCAUGCAUUUGUUUCUGUUUGAUCCUAUGAGAACUUGCUUGAAUUGUCCUGAAAAAUUUGUUGUUUCGCAUGAUAUAAUCAUCGUAUGUGUCCAUUUUCACUUCAAACUUUGUUGUUUCACACACACACAGACAGUCCAUCGAGUUCUAGGGAUGUGUCGAUGUGUUC